AUGGCAGAGGAAAAUAUGACAGAGAAAACGGAGCAUCGUUGGUAUAUUGAGAUAUUCGGAUAUGGUAUUGAUAAGAAGGGACCUUGGAUGAAAACCACAGAAGAAGCCAUACAGGAUUUCAUGAAUUUUAAAAUUCAUUCCACAGAAUCACCUAAUGAAGAAGAAGAAAUGACCCCAAGAGUAUGGUUGGAAACAAGACAAAAAAUUCAUGCUGCAGAUUGUCCUAAGAGAAGAAACCUAGUCUUCAGCUAUAUUGAGGGAAUAAUUGGUGGUCCUGAAUCCAAGUACCCAUUUUGGGCUGUUCCUGGUGGUCCUCAAUACAAGUGGACAAUCGAGGGUGUUCCUGGUAAUCUGGAUGGAAGUUACUGGUUCAGAAAUUCAGAAGACUGUUUUCAGGAUUUGCUCAAGGACAUGAAAAAGAGAAGAAAAUCUUCGCCGGUUGCUGGACGAAUGGAAAUGGAUAGGUCAACUGUAUUUACAACACUGUCGGUGCUUCUUGUUUUGCUUGUAAUAUUACAAACAGAGACAAUCGAAGCGAAGAAAUGUACAAAACAGACGAUAUACUAUGUUUCACAACAGUACUGUGCCAAAACGUUUAUGUGGUGGUGCACUUCAAGUGGAUACCGACGUCUUACAAAUUACAGGUCAAUUGAAAUAUGUUGUCCAGGAUACAUCGGCAGUGACUGUCAAACGCCAAUUUGCAACCCCACUUGUCAAAAUGGAGGAAAGUGUGUGUCUCCCAAUACGUGCCAGUGCCCCGAUAUAGUGGGUGGAACGACGUGCGAAGAAGUCGUUACCUGUUCCCAUCUGAAGCCCUGUUAUCCGGGUAACUGCACCAAUACUUCCUGUUUAUGUGAUCCUGGAUUUGGAGGGGAAUCCUGCCUUCAAAUUGAUUCUACCCAUCAAGUUAAUUUUACCAACCUGAAUGCAACAUUAUUGAAUGUAAAGAGAACUGACAAUCAAGUAUUAUACAAAUUCAAUGCAGACGGCUUCAGCUCCUUUCAGUCAGUAUGGGUGGACAGGAAGGACUACAACUUCUUCUUGAUUUACUUCGAUGCCCUUUACAAUCCCAUCAUCCCCUUUCCGCCAUCUUACAUUCACAAUCAUAGCAUUGGAAUCGUAUCUGCAAAUGCAAGAGUCAUCCUUGCCAAAAAAGGCCGAGCGGGUGGCGGAACGAUUGAUCUUAGUCUAAAUGAGACCUUAUCCUGUCCCGGUGAUUUUAAUGAUACUUCACCAUUCAAUCAGCCGCUAAAAUGUAACAUUUCAUACGAUCAAUUCAACAGGAUACUAGAGGACGGAGAUAAAUUAACAAUACAGGCGUUGACAGAGAUAGGGGGCUUCAGAGAUCUGUGGAACAACACACAUUUUGUCAGAAAGGAGCUAUAUGAUCGAGUAAAAUCUCAGCAAUCUAUAGACUUUCUGUUUGACUUCACUAAACCUAAACAUUGUUCUGAAUCACGUAACUGUACUUUUCCCGACCUGUUACCAUUGAGAAUUCCAAACGAUGCUACCAAGGAUCCAUUCACAUUCCAUGUUGAUGGAUGGGAUGACAUUCCUUCGGGUGUGGAGACAUACUUCCUAGAAAUUCAUAAACUAAAGAAAAACCUCCAUUCUGAUACAUUAACAGAGGAAGCACCAAUGGAUCCGUUCUAUCGAGAAGAAAGGAACAUUUCUAGUCUACCCUUCUCAGAUUUUACUCCAUCAGAACCAGGAAUUUAUUCAGCAAUUUUACAAGUCACAGAUAAAGCUAACAACUCGGAGUUUGCAAGACAGAUUGCUAUAUAUGACCCUAAUUCUACAAUCACCACAACUGCAGAAUCUAACUUGUACGUGUCCAGUGCAGAAAAACUCAGCAAUUACAGCUGGCAAUCAAAGUGUUCAACAGUGGAAAUCAAAUGGAGAGACUACUUCAGAAACUUGUAUCAUGUUGAAAACCACUUGUUAUUGUCUGUCGAAAAAUUCCCAUUGCAGAUAAGAGGUGGUGACGUGGACGAACUAAAGAGUGAAAUAGUAAAAGAUGUUAAAGACAUUUAUGAUGACCAUACUGGGAAAAGAAGCCUUCUCGCCGUUAAAAAUCUGCAUGGAAUAACUGAAUUUGAAGUCUACUACACGUACAUCUCAUAUUCAAACUCAUCGACCAAUGACUCAGAAGAUGCGACCACAGAAACAAGAACUUCGAAAGACCUAAUCACUACAGCUAAUAUACUUGAUACUUCAGUGGACGCAAACACAACAACAUCAGAACCCAAUAACGAUAAUGUUACAGCUUCUUCUUUCACUAUACCUACAACAAACUCUAUGACAACAAAGCUACCUUGCCUGUCUGAAACAGAUCAUGGCAACAUGGAAAACCAAUGGAUAAAAAUUAGAAACAUUGUUCAAGGCACAUAUGUUCUGAAACACGAAUGGAAAGACGGUGACAGUAUAAAUAUAACUGUUAGAGCUCGUGAUCUAGUCAACAACACUAGAACUGAUUCCAGACUAGUUAGCAUGGACAGUUCGCCCCCUUAUUCAAGCGAAGCGAUAUUCACAAAAAAUGUUGGAAAUGGAACGCAUGAAUAUUCGAGCAGGGUUUCUGUACAAGCUUCUGAUGAGCAUAGCGGUGUCCGACAUGUGCAUUGGCGACUGAUGGUGAAGAACAAACAACAACAGAUACACAAAGAAGGUUUUUUCAUGAACAAUCCCAUUCAGUUGGCUGACUGUUUAUCAACUGAUGAAUGUUACUGUAUUCCCAUGGGUGAAUGCUACAAAAAGAAUAUGAAAUUCGACUUUGACAAUUGUUGGCUGGCUAUUGAAAAACAACAGUUGUCUAAUGUUACCUUUAUUCUGGAAAUCGAGGCUUUCAACCAGGCCAUGAUAUCGUCCAAUGUUACACUUCAUGAGCUUUCCAGUUUGACAUUGUUUGAUGGAAUAGACGCCGGUAUUGGAGUAAAAAAUCUUCAAAGAGAGAGUUACGGAGACGGAGUCAGAUUUACGUGGGAAAAUGUCCCGUCAUGUUACAAAGUCUCCGACGUCACUAUUUUUAUUUACACCGAUUGUGAUAAGUCGAGACCCCCUAAGGAGAUUACCCUACCAAUAGAUAAAACGGAAUAUUUUUUGAACAAUCUUGAAGCAGGCAAAGAGUACUGUAUUGAAGUGAUUUCAAACAACACAGGGAAUUCAGAAGCCAUUGUAAAAACCUUAAGAUUUACAUCACCAACUGUCAUACCCAUAGCUAUGAUUGCCGGAGUCAGUGCAGUAAUCACCAUCCUGCUGGGGAUUCUUCUGAUAUUUUUUCUUCUCUGGAAAAAUGGGCAUUUAAAUCCCGAAACAAAACGAAGACUUACCAUGUACCUCAAGAGACCAGUUACCUUACUGAUGGGAAAACGAAGGACUGGAGUUUACAGUGGGCGUUUCCAAGACGAGGACAUUUAUGAUUUUGGGAAAAUGGUCUUCUCUGCGAAUGAAGGCUGGCUGUACACAUUUGAUGAUAUACAGCUAAAGGGGAAACUGAAAUCGGGAGAUUUUGCUGACAUCUAUCUAGCUCAACUCUGUAAAAAAGAUACCGUGAUCGCCAAAAUAUUAAAAGAGGACUACACAGAAGAGGACCGCCUCGUUCUACAGGCCAAGAUCAGCUUUUUUGCCACCGAGGUUCCCCCUCAUGAUAACAUCAUUACAUUCUUGGGUUCUGUGCUCAACCAUCCACUUUUCGGUCCGUACAUGUUGCUGGAGUACUGUGAACUUGGUCAAAUGAGGGAGUGGUUGAUCGAUCAGAGAAAUAAAGUGAACGAUGACCUGAUCACCGACUUCUGUAAGAUGAUUCAGGGUAUCGCUAAAGGAAUGGAGGCCUUAGCAAUCAAAGGGAUUGUUCACAAGAGAUUGGCAACAAGAAAUGUUUUUCUGACUUCUCGUCUUGUUCCUAAAGUAGCAGGCUUUGGACCCACGCCGGAGGAGGGGGAGAACGAAGUGAAGAAAAAAGAAGCCAGGGAAAGAAAACCAAUUAAGUGGCUAGCCCCCGAGUGUUAUGAAUCCAUGAAGGGUUGUACUUCAAUGAGUGAUGUUUGGGCGUUCGGGGUUGUCAUCUGGGAGACAUUCAGUACUGGACAAAAUCCUUACCCAGGUAUUGAUGGCAAAAUUGUUCCUAUGAAAGUUAAAAGUGGCUACCGAAUGAGUGUUCCAGAAUUCUGCCCUGAAACACAUGGGACGCUGAUGGAAAGUUGUUGGGCCAUUAAUCCAGAAGAGAGACCGACCUUCACAACCAUAGUGAAUACACUGGACAGUUAUUAUGACGCACGAUUCCCAUGCGAUUUCCAAGCUACAGAUGCUGUAUAAGAAUAGACCAGAAACAAAAACUGGCGAAUAAUUUUUGAUAUCUUUUUCUCAAAAAAUAUAAAUGCCCUAUGUAUUGUGUCUUAUGUCUAUUAUUAAAAACUACCCAAGUAAGGAAACAAUAAGGAAGUAAAAAUAAAUUUAAAAUAUCCUUCAUAGUUUAAAGUGUUUGAUUUAAAAUGUGAUGUUGUUACAUCUGUUCAAUUAAAAAAAACACUGUAUCAUAUUUCUCUUCGUGUUUUAUUUCUUGUAGACGAUGUAUUUUUGGGUUUUAUAAACAUUAUAAGUUAUUUUAGUAGUGCAGAAUAGUUGAACAUUGUUAUAACCAAUGAAUCGUUAGACACAAUUUGGUUUAAACAUAAAGAGGGUUGGGCGAAAGGGACGAAAAUGAAACGGAGGCAAAAUUUUACCGGUAUACAGUAUACAUGUAUUGUGCAUUUAUAGUUUUAAGGCUGAUUUUGAGAAUGUAUGGAGAAUCGAACUAUGGC